CUGUCAGCUUCAACCAUGCCGGCUGGGAGCCAGGAAUCUGAAUGUGCCCUCAGUUACCAGCAGAGGCACGAUGAGGAGGCUGUGGUAGAUCAAGGUGGAACGAGUUCAAUACUCAACAUUCAUUAUGAAAAAGAGGAGCUGGAAGGACACAGGACCUUGUAUGUUGGUGUGCGUAUGCCUUUGGGUAGACAAAGCCACCGACACCACAGGACCCAUGGAUCAAAGCACAAGAAGCGAGAUAGAGUAAAAGGUGUCGUCCAGGAAGAAGGAAAGGACAGUCUCACUUACGACACCCCUUCCCAGCGAGUACAGUUCAUUCUGGGAACUGAGGAUGAUGAAGAGCAUGUUCCACAUGAGCUUUUCACUGAGCUUGAUGAAAUCUGCGUACGUGGGGGUGAAGAUGCUGAGUGGAAGGAGACUGCCAGGUGGUUGAAGUUUGAGGAAGAUGUUGAGGAUGGUGGAGACCGUUGGAGUAAACCAUAUGUUGCCACACUGUCGUUACACAGCCUGUUUGAGCUACGGAGCUGUAUCAUUAACGGUACGGUCUUAUUGGACAUGCGAGCAAACAGCAUUCAAGAGAUCGCAGAUAUGAUUCUUGACCAUCAGGAGUCAUCCAUGGAACUGGAUGAAAACAUUCGUGUGAAAGUGCGUGAAGCUCUUCUUAAAAGGCAUCACCAUCAGAUUGAGAGAAAAAGGAACAAUCUCAUUCCAAUUGUCAGGUCUUUUGCUGAGGUUGGGAAAAAGCAAUCCGAACCUCAUUCCAUGGACAAGACUGGUCAAAUGUUGUCCCCACAUUUUCUUCCAACUCAUCUUGAAGCUAAAAAUGGAGUCAACCAAGACAAUGUAAAUGUUGAGGCGGGCAAGGUCGACCUCCACUUCAUGAAGAAGAUCCCAACUGGUGCUGAAGCCUCUAAUGUUCUGGUUGGUGAGCUAGACUUCCUGAAAAGGCCAAUUGUGGCAUUUGUGCGUCUUUCUCCAGCUAUUCUUCUCACAGGACUUACUGAGGUUCCAAUUCCUACUAGAUUCCUGUUCAUUUUGUUGGGACCGGUUGGAAAAGCACAGCAAUACCAUGAGAUUGGCAGGUCCAUGGCCACAAUAAUGACUGACGAAAUCUUUCAUGAUGUUGCCUACAAAGCUAAGGAUCGGAGUGACUUGCUUGCUGGGAUUGAUGAAUUUCUUGAUCAGGUGACUGUUCUGCCCCCAGGUGAAUGGGACCCCUCCAUCCGAAUUGAGCCACCAAAAAAUGUUCCAUCUCAGGAGAAACGGAAGCAGCCUGGAAUCCCAAAUGGUAAUGCUUGCCAUGUUGACCCUGAGCCACAAGUGGGCCACAGUGGUCCUGAACUGCAGCGCACGGGAAGGCUGUUUGGGGGUUUGAUCCUUGACAUCAAACGGAAGAUGCCCUGUUUCUGGAGUGACUUCAGGGAUGCCUUCAGCUUACAGUGUGUGGCAUCCUUCCUGUUCCUGUACUGCGCCUGCAUGUCUCCUGUAAUUACAUUUGGUGGUCUCUUGGGCGAAGCAACAGAAGGACGCAUAAGUGCGAUUGAGUCUCUGUUUGGAGCUUCCAUGACAGGAAUAGCAUAUUCCCUCUUUGCUGGACAACCUCUCACUAUUCUGGGCAGUACAGGUCCUGUGCUGGUAUUUGAAAAGAUUUUAUUCAAAUUCUGCAAGGACUAUGACUUAUCCUACCUUUCCUUGAGAGCGAAUAUUGGACUUUGGACAUCUUUCCUGUGUAUCUUGCUUGUUGCCACUGAUGCAAGCUCUCUUGUUUGUUACAUAACUCGUUUCACUGAGGAGGCAUUUGCCUCUCUCAUCUGCAUAAUUUUCAUCUAUGAAGCUCUGGAAAAGCUGAUCCAUUUGGGAGAAAUCUAUUCUUUCAACAUGCACACAAAUCUGGACCAGCUCACUCAGUACUUCUGUAUAUGUACAGAGCCUCGUAAUCCUAACAACAGAACUCUAGAGCACUGGGAGAAGCACAAUAUUACAAGAUCGUCAGUUCCUUGGGCAAAUCUAACUGUCAGUGACUGUAGGACAUUUCAUGGUGAAUUUGUUGGUCCUUCGUGUGGACACCAUGGACCAUACACCCCUGAUGUCCUCUUCUGGUCUGUUAUACUAUUCUUUUCUACAUUUGCCCUGUCAGGGUUCCUCAAACAGUUUAAAACAAGUCACUAUUUUCCAACUAAGGUGCGAUCAAUGAUAAGUGACUUUGCUGUUUUCCUGACUAUCUUGUCUAUGGUUCUUAUUGACUAUGGCCUGGGAAUUCCAUCACCAAAGCUUCAAGUUCCUAGUGUCUUUAAGAUGGAAACAGCUCUACACCAUCUCUGCCCAACAAGAGAUGAUCGUGGGUGGCUAAUUAACCCUAUAGGUCCAAAUCCCUGGUGGACAGUCAUUGCUGGUGUUAUCCCAGCUCUACUCUGCACCAUUCUUAUCUUCAUGGACCAACAGAUCACUGCUGUCAUUAUAAACAGGAAGGAACACAAGCUGAAGAAAGGAUGUGGCUAUCACCUUGACCUCCUGAUGGUAGCUAUAAUGUUGGGUGUGUGUUCAGUCAUGGGACUGCCCUGGUUUGUAGCUGCAACUGUUCUCUCCAUCUCUCAUGUGAACAGUUUGAAGCUGGAGUCAGAAUGUUCAGCUCCUGGUGAACAGCCAAAGUUCCUUGGCAUUAGAGAACAACGGGUCACUGGUCUCAUGAUCUUUGUUCUUAUGGGCUGCUCUGUCUUUAUGACUGCUUUCUUAAAGUUCAUUCCAAUGCCGGUGCUUUACGGAGUCUUUCUUUACAUGGGGGCCUCAUCACUGAAAGGAAUUCAGUUCUUUGAUCGUCUGCAACUAUUUGCGAUGCCAGCCAAACACCAACCAGAUUUUAUCUACCUGCGUCAUGUGCCUCUGCGCAAAGUUCACCUUUUUACACUCAUACAGCUCACCUGUCUGGUCCUGCUAUGGGUCAUCAAAGCCUCACCUGCAGCUAUUGUCUUUCCUAUGAUGGUGUUAGCUCUAGUUUUUGUUAGAAAAUUGAUGGACCUUUGCUUCCUGAAGCGUGAACUAAGCUGGCUUGAUGAUCUAAUGCCUGAGAGUAAGAAGAAAAAACUAGAUGAUGCCAAAAAAGUCAAAGAGGAUGGGGAAUCAGAGAAAAUGCUGGAACCAGGGGACAGUGGUGUGCAACUACCAAUGGAAAGUAGAAAACUGCUUCAAAGCCCAGUAAAGAGUAAUAUUUAUAGGUGUGAUCCGUCUGAAAUUAAUAUCUCUGAUGAAAUGUCUAAAUCAACAGUUUGGAAGGCACUCAGUAUGAAUACAGAGAGCAACAAGACUAAGGAUAACACAACUUCAAAAAGCAGUUCCAUUCAAAAAUCAAUGUAAAUUGAUAGUCCUGGUUCAGGUUUAAAUCCCAACGUUGACAGAGAAGGAUGAAGUUGUAAUUGACUCAGGGAAGAGCCAAAACAGAGAGGUUUUCAAUCAAACAUCCACACUGCGUCCUGGAACGUCCUUGGAAAAUAAAAUAUAUUGAAGGC